GCCAAGCUGACAACUGGUGGAUGCCGAUCCAUCGUGGAAACCUGUGAGCUUAGAGCUGCACAUUCGCUCGCAAUAAAACCCUAACCAUAGCCCUCUCUUCUCUUUCUCUUCCCAUUUCUGCGGCGCUCCAAAACCCUAAUCUUUCAGUCUGUGUAUAGCAGAUAGAGCAAUCGAGGUAAAGGAAAAUGAGCAAAGGCGGAGCAGCUGGUGGCGGUGGAGCCAAGGGGAAGAAGAAGGGAGCAACAUUUACAAUUGAUUGCGCGAAGCCAGUAGAGGAUAAGAUCAUGGACAUCGCCUCACUCGAGAAAUUCCUCCAAGAGCGAAUCAAAGUCGGCGGCAAGGCAGGCGCUCUCGGUGAUUCUGUCACUGUCACUCGCGAAAAGUCUAAAAUCACCGUCACCUCCGACUCUAACUUCUCCAAACGAUAUCUGAAGUAUUUGACAAAGAAGUACCUGAAGAAGCACAAUGUGAGGGACUGGCUUCGUGUUAUUGCUUCGAACAAGGACCGUAAUGUUUAUGAGCUGAGAUACUUUAACAUUGCUGAGAAUGAAGGCGACGAUGAAGAGUAAAUUGUGUUGCAUUCAUGUCUCAAUUUAUUUCGCUUCAAAGAAACUUUGUAGGCUUUCUUUGUUAUUUUGGAAUUAGAAAAAUGAACUUUUUGCUAGAGCAACCUGUUAUCCUCAAUGUUUGGGUGAUUGAGAUUUUUAAUUUUUUAAUCCAGAAAUGUUUGUCCCAAUCA